GAGACGAGCACACAGACGCAGAACAGGUGGUCCAAUCCCACCUGAGGAACCAAAUAUGAGGAUUUAUCCCGCUUUUCACCUUUCUGGAUACCAUGUUACCGUCGCUAACUGAUAUUGUCUGAAGAGUACAACACUUAACGCGCUGAGGAGUCACUGGGAAUAUUGGGCGAAUAUGAAAGUGACAGUAUGUUUUGGAAGGACCCGGGUGGUCGUUCCCUGUGGGGAUGGGAAUAUCACAGUACACAAUCUUAUUCAGCAAGCGGCGAUGAGAUAUAAAAAAGCCAUAGCCAAGGACCCAGGCUACUGGAUUAAAGUUCAUCGGUUAGAACAUGGAGACGGGGGCAUUUUGGAUUUGGAUGACGUGCUGUGUGAUGUUGCUGAUGACAAAGACAGGCUGGUGGCGGUCUACGUGGAGCAGGACCCCCAUCAUGGAGGUGACGGCACCAGCGCUAGCUCAACAGGCACUCAGAGUCCAGAGCUGUUCAACACGGGCGAGCUCAGCUCCUUUCAGCCCUACCAGACCAGCAGUGAAAUCGAGGUCACCCCCUCAGCCCUCAGGACCAACAUGCCCUUGCAUGUACGCCGCAGCAGUGAUCCAGCCCUGGUAGGCCUCCCAGAAGUCCAGCUCCAGCCAGAGGAACCGUCUCGUAAGAACCAUACACGCUGGUCCACCACCACAGGGUUUCUGAAAACCAACAUCACCAGUGAAACCAAUAGCCUAGAACGCAAGGGUAAGGGUUUGGAUGCUUACCGUAGCCUGCCUCGUGAUGCUGUCCCCUGGGUGACACCAUUUCAGAGGGAGAACGCCCGCUCAUCUCUCAGUGCCAACCAUCCCUUGGUGGACCGAUGGCUUGAGCAUCAAGAACAGGAAGAAGAGGAGGAGGAGGAGAGAGGUGAUGAAGGAAAGAACGGAAGGAUAGAACCAGUGGGACGAGCAGACUCAUGUGUAGAAUCAGCCUCAAUUGAUGAAAUGUUAAAGCUGGUUGAGGUGUCCAACGGCGGUGGGCCGCUAGGAAUCCAUGUGGUGCCUUUCAGUGCUAGAGAUAGAAGGACACUGGGUUUGUUAGUCAAGAGGCUGGAGAGGGGUGGAAAGGCAGAGCGUGAAGCUCUGUUCCAGGAGAAUGACUGUAUCGUGCGGAUUAAUAACGGAGACCUGCGCAACAUCCGAUUUGAACAGGCACAGGAUUUAUUCAGACAGGCCAUGCGCUCUCCAGUCAUCCUGUUCCAUGUAAUUCCAGCAUCAAAGAAAGCCCAAUAUGAGCAAUUGUACCAGAAUGAGUUGGGCCUGCAGUCCGGUACUGGACCUGGGGAAAGAGGUAGCCUGUUGGGAGGUAUGGACUACAGUCCGCGUAGGUUCUCCAAAGCAGAAUCAAAUCGGGGCUAUCCAACAUUACCACAUCCAAAAAAUCCAUCGACCAAGACACAACCAGGACCCAUCCAACCUGCCAGGCCAGACAGCGUCGCCUCUUCCAUGGGCUACUCCAAAAAGAUUGGCCGCAAGUUCAAUGUCCAGCUAAAGAAAGGUCCGGAGGGGUUGGGUUUUAGCAUCACCUCCAGAGACGUUCCCAUUGGAAGUUUCGCCCCCAUAUAUGUGAAGAAUAUUCUCCCCCGUGGAGCCGCCAUCCAGGAUGGCCGUCUGAAAGCUGGAGACCGGCUGCUCGAGGUGAAUGGAGUGGAUCUGAAUGGAAAGACUCAGGAGGAGGUUGUGGCACUGUUGCGCUCCACUCCCAUGGGAGGCACUGUAGGUCUACUCAUCGUCAGACAAGAAGACUCUUUCCUGCCACGCGAAGUGAAAGCAGAACAAGAUGAACUAAUUUUGACCCCGGAUGGAACACGAGAGUUUUUGACCUUUGAAAUUCCUCUCAAUGACUCAGGCUCAGCAGGGUUAGGGGUCAGCGUCAAGGGCAACAGAUCUAAAGAGAGCCAUGCUGACUUGGGUAUUUUCGUCAAGUCUAUAAUCACUGGAGGAGCUGCUUGCAAGGAUGGGCGGUUGAGGGUAAAUGACAAGCUGAUAGCAGUAAAUGGGGAAUCUUUACUGGAAAAGACAAACCAGGAAGCAAUGGAGACUCUUCGCAAGUCCAUGUCCAUAGAGGGCAACAAGAGAGGCAUGAUCCAGCUCAUCGUGGCUCGGCGGGUCCCAGGGAGGGGAGAGGAGUCUCCAGGUAGCCCACCUGUGCCAGAUCUGAACUCUCUGAACUCUUCACAAGAGGAACACGAGCGCCGGAUCUCUCAGUCUCUCUUUCCCGGAGAAAACCUGGAUGACAACCACAGCUCACGGCCUACAAUGAUGGGUAGAAUAAUGGGUAACUACCAGCUGUCCCCCACUGUGAACAUGCCCCAGGAUGACACCGUCAUCAUUGAAGAUGAUAGGCCACCUGUUCUCCCUGCCCGCUUGUCUGACCAAUCAUCAUCUAGCUCUCAUGAUGACAUGGGAUUUGUGACAGAAAUGCCAGAAUCCUGGCCCAAAGAUGUCCAGAUACCGGACGAAAGUUCCCUCAGUCCAGAUGCAGAUAUGGAUGCCGUGUUUCAGAGAGAAGGCUUUGGAAGGCAGAGCAUGUCUGAAAAGCGGACCAAACAGUACGGCGAUCCUGCACAGCUAGAGAUUAUUAAGAGUCGCAAGUCAAAGAGUAUGGACUUAGUAGCCGACGAGUUUAACUUCACUCCCCGCAAAGAGAGGACGGAAGGUAACUACACACAAGAUGUGGGGCAAUCGUUGGGUCUGAAGAAGUCGAGUUCCUUGGAGAGCCUCCAGACAGCUGUUGCCGAGGUGACGCUAAAUGGGGACGUCCCUUUCCACAGGCCCCGCCCCAGAAUAAUCAGAGGGAGGGGCUGCAACGAGAGCUUCCGGGCAGCCAUCGAUAAAUCAUACGACAAGCCAGGAGUGAUCAUAGUCAACCCUGAAGAGGAUGACGAAGGCAUGGAGACAUUGGAGGAGGACACCGAGGAGAGCUCACGGUCGGGCCGCGACUCCAUUUCCAUGGCAACUGACCUUACCCUCCCGCCCAGCAGAAUGGCCAACACAGAAAAACGAGUGAAUGGAGGACAUACUAAAGAUGACAAGAAGAAGGAGAGGGGUGGGAAGGAAAAGAAAGAUAAGAGCAAAGCCAAGAAAGGCGUGCUGAAGGGCCUGGGUGACAUGUUCAGGUUUGGCAAACACCGCAAAGAAGGAGACAAGAUGGAGAGGAAGGGCUCUAGCAAGAACAAGAUGGAAGACACUCAGGCCACAGAAGAGGAGACACAGAGAAUGAAGCUGGAACAGGAGAGGAUUCAAGCUAAGACCAGGGAGCUUCGAGAACGACAGGCCAAAGAGAGAGACUACGCUGAGAUACAGGACAUCAACCGCACCUUCAGUUCAGACGAGGAGCACACCUACGCAGGGAUUGGCUCUUUGGACUCUUCUCUGAAUAGCAGUAUGGAUCUCAGCCAGAACCCUACUCAAGAACAGCGUCCCCAGAGCCCAAGAGACCAACCCCUGCCUUUAGAGGAUCUCUACGCCCAGGUCAACAAGCCUCGCAAUGGACGCCCACCCUCUGCAGACAGUAACAGACUGGCACCUACCAACCAUGACCGGAUACAGUGGCUACGGCAGGAGUUCCAGCAGGUCAAGCAUGAGGAAGAACCUGAUGAUCGCCGUCGCUCCUACAGCUUUCAAAAUCAAACAAGGGCCAACACGGGCUCUAACACACCAUCAGGGAGGCACUCGGUUUCUGUCGAGGUCCAAAUGCAGAGACAUAGAGAGGACAGAGACUCCUUCACACAAGCCCAGAGGCAGUACAACUCUCUACCGCGGCAACCACGUAAAAACCCCAGCACUGUGUCUCAAGACUCGUGGGAUAAAGUCUACCCUCCCGGCGAGGGCUUUCAGACUGCCAAAGAGAACCCUCGCUACUCCAGUUACCAAGGUUCCCGCACUACCAAUGGCUACCUGGGUGCCAACGCCACGGGCCUGAAUGCCCGUGUACUCCUGGAGACCCAAGAGCUUCUGAGACAAGAACAGAGACGUAAGGAGCAAGAGGCUAAAACCAAACUCCCCACCAUGGAGGAGACGCCAACCCAGCCUCUAAGCCAAACACCUGUUCCUACCCCACCCAAAGGUCCCUAUCGACAAGACGUACCCCCAUCGCCCUCCCAACUCGCCCGACUCAACCGUCUACAGACCCCUGAGAAGGGCCGACACUUCUACUCCUGAGAAGUGAGAGCAAAGUGAGGAAAAACUGUAUUACAGCAAUAAUGUUGAAUAGAGAGAGACAGAGCUAUAAUAUAAAGACUGUAUUGAGGAUUCCGGGUAAUUGGUUGGAGGUUUGUUUAAGUGUGUCCAACUCGUUCCCUUUUUUAUAAUUUUAUAAAAUCUAAAUCUUUGAGCACACUGAAGAUCUUUGUCUGCCAUCCACCUCUUCUGAGUGUUUGUUUGUGUGUGUGUGUAUGUGGAAUACAUUGAUGUGUCAGCACUUGGUACUCUUGACAGUCACAUGACAGCCCGUACAAAGCUUUGAUACAUGGCUGUUCCCACAGUAUUGUGACCUACAUUUCAUGUUUUUACUGAGUAUGUGUGCUGAGAACAUGUAGGUGGAUGAAAACUGUCAAGAACAUGUAUGGGUCAUAUUUCAUUAAAGAGAGAGAGAGAGAGAGAGAGAGAGAGAGAGAGAGAGAGAGAAUGCAUAAAGAAAAUCAAACCUAUUUUGAGGACCAUUCAGAUUUCAUUUUUAGAUUAUUUUCAUGACAAUUAAGCAUGUUUUCCCCCAAAAUUCUCUUUUUUGCUAUGGGUUUUUUAGUAAUUCUCAUUAUUUCUCAGUGGUGAUUCUCAUUAGACUGCAAUUAGUGCUGUCAGUUAAUUAAAAUAUUUAAUCACGAAUAAUCACGAUUUUUUUAGUUAAUUGCGAUUAAUUGCAGAUUUUAAAUGUGCUGAAAUUUGACUCUAAAUAUACUUCUUUUCCUGUCAAAAGCCUGUUUUUAACCUGUCAAACUUGUCACUUACAUCUCAUGUGACACCCCCCAUACCCACCCACUUCAUAACUGACACAUGUAACAAAACAAAGCUCAGGUUACAGCUCCUGCCUUUGUUGGCACAGAUAUAGUCUUAUACAGUAACUGUUUAAAAAAAGUUCACCAAAAAAAAAUAUAUAUAUAUAUUUUUUAUUUUUUCAGUUAUGUCAUCCCAAACCCAUAUGAUUUUCUUUUAUUAUUUGGAACACAUGAUGAUAUUAGGCAAAAUUUCCAUGCUGAAAAUCACACAUUUUUACCAGGUGCAUUAUGAUCGGUUGCAAGACUUGCAAGAUCCAAUUGACAUCAAAUCUUCUGUGAUGCAUUGUGAAGUGCCACGUUUAAAUGUGCGUAAGUGUGAAUGCGAUUUAAGAGCUAUAGCAGAGACUUUAAAUUUAUUUUUGUUCCUCACACAAAGCUAUCCUAUGGCUUCAGAAGACUUGACAUACAUGAGUCAUGGACUAAUUUGUGGUACUUGUAUGCUGCUUUUUAGUCCAUUUUGGAGCUCAACAGUGUAAAUCACCAGUCAUUUUAAUUUUCAGGAAAAGAGAGACAUUUCUCAAAACAUCGCUUUUGUGUUACACGGAAGAAAGAAUGUCAUAUCGGUUUCAAACUUUUCAUUGUUGGGUAACCUAUCCCUUUAAAUCUAGCUCUCUGUUCAUUCAAAAAUCAAAAACUCUCUAAAAGUAUCAUGUGACUCAUAUCUUUUAUGUAUUUUUAUUUUAUUUGUAUAGAUGUGUGUGUCUGGGUUUUGUGUGGGACUGUCUAUCACCAGUGCCUGUAACAUGAUUCUCUCUUGCCUAUGAACUGUAUCUUGGCAGGAACUUUAAACACUUGGCCACAUUUUCCGGAGCAAAAGCUAAAAGAAUGCAAUAAGCUCUCACAAAAAGGGAACGCCAAGCCCAUUGACCGAUGUACUCUCCUCCAAGUCUUUCCGCCUGGCGUCUCGCUCUGUCUUGCAUCUAUUCAUCAUGGAAAAUGUUCAGUAGGUCUUCUCUGUACACCAAGUAAUGAGGGAAAGCUUCCUGCUUUACAAGGCUUUGGUACUUCCUCCACAGACUGUUAUUGGUCCUGUGGUACGACAUGUGCUUCUAGUAUUGUAUCUACCAGCAGAAAAGGUGGUAAAGGACGUUCCAGAACAGCAGCUGUUUUUGUUUUUCUUUGGUGCUGGCUGCUUAUCAAUUUUUUGUAACGUUGUAUACGUAAGAUGUUUUAAAUGGGAAGUGCCUGUGAAGAGGGAUGUUUUUUAUAUGUUAAAAGUUGAUGUGUCGCCAAAUGCAUAUAUUUUUACAUGACAUUACUGCAUUCUUUUUACUUUAUCUUCUCUUACAGCAUUCAUUUUAAUUGUUAAAAAAAAGCUAAGAGUAAUCUACACAUUUUACUGUAUUUGUACAACCUUUUGUUGUCUAUAUAUGUCAUAGGUACUAUGGUGUUCUGCCCGUGGCUUUUGUAUGCACAUUGCAAAUGGUUUUUACACAAAGUUUAUACCUGUUUCAAAAUGUACACAAAGCUUCUUUGUACAUAUCAAAUCUAUAUUCAAUAAAAUGUUUCUCCAUUCUGUUUACA